AUGAAUAUUCAGGCUUGGGAAUUUAAGCACCCCGAGUUCAGAGCGAACAGCAAAGAGUCCCUCGACAACAUCCGACGCAAGGCACCUGCGCCACGGAAGCAGACCCAGGCCCACGAUGAUUCCGUUCCCACUCAGCAGAUCGACCUACUGAACCAGCAGAUUGUUGCUCAGCAACAGCAGAUCCAGCAUAUCUCCGAUCGCUACGCUCAGAUGACUGUCGACCACCAGCUAAUGCUGCAGGAAGUACUGAGGGUUCAAAAGACGGUCGUGAAUCACGAAAACGUUAUACAUCAGUUGGUGAACUAUCUGGUUUCUAUCGACGCCCGACAAAAGCGCGACAGCAAAGCCGGCUCUUUUCAGGCUCAAGUUGGAGCGAGCCCUUCUCAAGUCACAGCGAUGGACGACGGCGUUUCCACACCAUUGCAGCAAGCUUCGAAGCUGUUGAGCGACAUGAAUGCUGAAGUACAGUUCAACCUCGUCCCCGUUGAGUCCAUGGGUGAGCCACCGAAGGCCGGCGUCGUGUCCACCCCUACUAUGGAGACUGCGCCGCGACGAGUGGCACCUCAACCCACUGCGCCUGCGACAAACCCGGCUCUAGUGUACCCGAAGAUGAACGGCGAGAUGGAGCCAGUGGUCUAUCCUGUGGGCGCGACGAACGGAAUAGACCCAAUGUACGGCGAACAUGUCAACAACGUUCCCUACAGCAUGCCCCCUAAGCAAGACGUGGACGAUCGAAGACAGUUUCCUGAGAACAGGAAGAAGAGCAACCAUGUGGACCCAGGCUGGAUGCGCAGUCCCAGAAUCCUACUUGUCGAGGACGACGCAACAUGUCGCCAGAUUGGUGGGAAAUUCCUCUAUUCUUUCUCUUGCGAAAUAGACACUGCGCUCGAUGGAUUAGAAGCGGUGAACAAGGUUCAGGACGGCUCCAAGUAUGACCUGAUUUUGAUGGAUAUUAUUAUGCCCAACCUCGAUGGCGUUUCUGCAUGCCAUCUCAUCCGUCAGUUUGAUCGGACACCCAUUAUUGCCAUGACAUCCAACAUCCGAAGCGACGACAUCCAGCUCUACUUCCAUCACGGCAUGGAUGACGUUCUUCCCAAGCCAUUUACCCGGAAAAGCCUUUUGGAAAUGCUCGAGAAACACCUAGUCCACCUCAAAACUGUUUCACAAGGUAUGGAGGGUCACCAGGCUGCGACGCCGGCAACAAUCGCUGGCCAAAGCUCGGCUGCACAAUCGGUCACCAUCAAGGAAGAUAGCUCUCCCAGCCAAUCCCCCGCAGCCGCCAUGACUGCUUGGCAAUCUCCAAAUCAGUUCCAGCCCAUGGCAGCAGUACCCGCCAACCUUCAGCAGGUUCCAGGCCAAUAUGUUCCCGCCAACCCUGCUCCCGCCACCUACGCCAUCGAUCAGAAUGGAAUGCAGUAUCCAGCACCGCCUACGGUGGCAAUGAGCGCUGCAGGGCCUCAAGCCAGGCCGCAGCCACGGCGUCACAUCUCCGAAAUAAGCAACGGUUCCGAUAACUCUAACCUGGCCAAACGACAGCGCAUGUAUGCGCCACAGCCGCAGCCCAUGGUCGGCUCUAUACCCGCUGCUCGUACCCACUAA